GUGCAGCUUAAGUUAUUAAACCGGGAGCUGAAAUUACAGGUUAGAGGAGCGGGGAGGAUUAAAGUAUUUUUACCGCAAAGCCACAGAGCAAAGGCGCUGAUCUGAAACGGAGAGGCUGCAGACGGAGGGACGGAGGGAGAGAAGACAGACUGAGGAGCAUCUAGUGGAAGAGCUGCUGCUUCUCUUGCAGAUCUCCGCGGCCUGAGGGCCAGCAUGAAGCAGGCACCAUGGGCUUUCUGGAAAACUACCAGGAGAUCGACCCCGUCACUCUGAACCUCUGCAUCCUCAUCGCCAGCUACGUUAUCUUACUCCUGGUUUUUCUCAUUUCCUGCAUCAUGUAUGACUGCCGGGGCAAAGAUCCCACCAAGGAGUACGCUCCGGACCCGCAGCCCACCCAGUCCCCCAUCAGGCUGGUGGUGAUGCAGAGCUCCUCUGCGCCGAUGGGCCGCUGGGACACGGCCAACAUGAUCACCACCUACCACGAACCAUCGCACUCGGACUUCAGGGAGAAGAAGAGCACGAUGGUGUAAUGGACAAGCGCUGAUAAACUCUGUACAUAUCCCAACUUUUUUUUUCUUUUUAUUGCUGUGCAUGUUCGUUUACUUUUGCAUGUUGCUG